AUGUCUGAGGCAGGAAAUAUGACGGGCGCACCUCCACCGACGGGUAUUAAUCCCACCUCAAGCAGCAUUGUCGCCGCCGUUUUCGUCGGCAUUCUUAUUUUGGUUACGCUGUUCGGGAACAUCCUGGUCUGCGUCAGUUUCUACUGUUUUGCAAGCCUACGGACCAUCUGUAACUACUUCAUUGUUAGUUUAAGCGUAGCAGAUAUCUUGGUUGCUCUGCUUGCUAUGCCUUUCUGGUUCAUAGUUCAACUUAACAAUACUAAAUGGCCUAGCAACUUUUCAAAUGAACUGGGUUUAUUUUGGAACUGCAUCGACAUAUUCAGUGGCACGUCCUCUAUAAUGAAUCUUACAGCAGUCAGUGUGGAUCGGAUGCUGGCAAUUGUGAAGCCCUUCAAAUAUCCAAAGAUACUUACGCCCAAGAGCGCUGUGAUUAUCAUUCUAUCUGUGUGGAUAUACUCGGCUAUUAUCGCUUGUUUGAGGCUUAUCAAGUGGCCUGGCUAUCAACAUUUUGUGUCUGCAGUAAGCUUUUUUCUCCCCUUGUCACUUGUUAUCGUCAUGUACACUGUCAUAUUUGUCGUUGUGAAAAUCCAAGUGCAUAGAAUUGGUUCCACUGGCGGUAAAGAUCAUGCCACGGAGAUGAAAGCCGCAAAAACCAUCGCGGUUGUCAUUGGUGCUUUUGUAAUUUGCUGGCUCCCGUUUUUCGUUAUCGUGGUCGGUCACGCCAACCACAAGAAAUUCAGUUAUCCUAUAGAGGUGUAUAACAUGUUUAAGUGGAUGGAGUACCUGAAUUCGUGCCUCAAUCCAGUCAUUUACACCUGUAUGAAUCGUAACUAUAGGAGCGCAUUCAGACGCUUGUUUAAUAGGGUUUACUUGGAGCAGACAGUUGGAAGUACCCGACGGGGUUCCGCCGUCAGCAUGUACCUUAGCAGACGUGGAUCUGCUGUGAAUGCCUAUCUACGUAAGCCGCACGCAUCUGUUCCUCAUACUGCUGUUACUAACAUGGAUUUACUGUACAGCGAGAGCUAG